AGAUGAACGCUCUCCGGCGGCAGCAGAGCUCCCUGCAGGCUGACAGUGCCCAGUCUGCCCAUGAGCUUGUUACUGCAUGCAUAGAUGGACAUGAGACCAACUAGGUACGUUCAUUGAAUCAUUUACUGUGUCUCCGCAUCUUCCUCAUGGCUGUGUCUUAUUGACUCUUGUUUCUCUGUGAUCCUUGUUUCAUUAUUUACACUUACCAGAUGCACUCAACGAUCACUGAUGGAAUCUUCUCACCACCUACAGGAUCCAAAACGAUUCACAUUGGGCUGUUAUUCCACGGAGGAAAGGACACACACAAAAAGGGGUAAUAACACCACCAAUUGAUACCAUACCCCAACCCUGAACCCACAUAUAGUAAAGGAAGGAGGUGAAUGUGUUCAACAUGGCGAUACCUAGGAGGUCCUAAUUACCUUUGAAGAAGGUGUCAUGCUGAGGGGGGUUCGGGGGUGGAGAAGAGCCAGUCUGAACAAGUGGAGGUAACGGUCUUCAUCUAGGCGCUAACUGCAGACCUACACAGAGGACUUCGUGAAUUUUUUGAGUGGAUAUAAAGUCUUGACAAGUCAACAUGGCUACCAUGAUCAGGAGCAAACUGUCCAAUGUGGCCACUUCGGUGUCCAACAAGUCCCAGGCCAAGGUUAGUGGGAUGUUUGCCAGGAUGGGAUUCCAGGCGGCCACUAAUGAAGAAGCAGUGGGCUUUGUUCACUGCGAUGACCUGGACAUGGAACACAGACAAGGACUUCAGAUGGACAUCUUAAAUACCGAGGUCCCUACUGGUGAUGCUCCAGCAGAAGGAGACUUCCAUUACCAAAGAGAUGGCACGGGUCCCCCUCCCUCCACAUCUAAGGAUGAAGGACUGUGCUCUGAGCUCUCAUCGGUUGGAAAACCUAAAAUCACAGCAUGGGAGGCCGGCUGGAAUGUCACCAACGCCAUCCAGGGGAUGUUCGUGUUGGGAUUACCAUACGCAAUUCUGCACGGUGGAUAUCUGGGACUGUUCCUUAUUAUUUUUGCUGCAGUUGUGUGUUGCUACACGGGAAAGAUACUCAUUGCUUGCUUGUAUGAAGAGAAUGAAGAUGGAGAGACUGUGAGAGUGAGGGACUCGUAUGUGGACAUUGCUAAUGCCUGCUGCGCGCCAAGGUUUCCUAAACUUGGGGGAAGGAUUGUCAAUGUGGCUCAAAUUAUCGAACUGGUCAUGACUUGCAUCCUUUAUGUGGUGGUCAGUGGAAACUUGAUGUACAACAGCUUCCCAACCCUACCAAUUUCUCAGAAGUCCUGGUCGAUCAUAGCCACUGCUGUGCUUCUACCAUGUGCAUUCCUCAAAAACCUUAAGUCUGUAUCCAAGUUCAGCUUGCUCUGCACUUUAGCUCAUUUUGUCAUUAAUGUCCUAGUGAUUGCCUACUGUCUGUCCAGAGCCAGAGACUGGGCUUGGGACAAAGUCAAGUUUUACAUAGAUGUAAAGAAGUUCCCCAUCUCUAUAGGCAUAAUCGUUUUCAGCUAUACCUCCCAGAUCUUCCUGCCCUCUCUGGAAGGGAACAUGCAUAACCCCAGAGAAUUCCACUGCAUGAUGAACUGGACCCACAUUGCCGCCUGCAUUCUGAAGGGCCUUUUUGCUCUGGUGGCUUAUCUAACCUGGGCAGAUGAAACCAAGGAGGUCAUUACAGACAACCUACCCUCCACUAUCAGGGCAGUGGUCAACAUCUUCUUGGUGUCCAAAGCUUUGCUGUCAUACCCACUCCCCUUCUUUGCUGCAGUAGAGGUUUUGGAAAGAUCUCUUUUCCAGGAGGGAACUAGGUCAUUCUUCCCAAACUGCUACGGGGAAAAUGGGAGACUGAAGUCUUGGGGCCUCACUCUCAGAUGUGCCCUAGUCAUACUUACGUUACUGAUGGCCAUCUAUGUGCCCCACUUUGCUCUUUUGAUGGGUCUCACUGGCAGCCUCACAGGAGCUGGUCUUUGCUUCCUCCUUCCAAGCCUCUUCCAUCUCAAGCUUCAGUGGAGAAAGCUUCUGUGGCAUCAUGUUUUUUUUGAUGUUUCCAUCUUUGUUAUUGGCUCCAUUUGUAGUGUUUCUGGAUUUGUGCAUUCUCUAGAGGGUCUAAUAGAAGCCUUUAGAUACAAUAUAGAGGAUUAAUGCAAAGACAGUGAGGUUGGGCAUCACUAAAAUUUAUGCAUCAGUUUCUGCUGACAUCCUCAUUUUGGCUAUAUACAUUAAUCUUUCUGCUGCCAGAGGUAGUGCCAUCUAUACAUUGCUUUGUAAUGUUUUGAUGGAUCUUCUGACAGUUGAUAUGCUAAAACAUGCUCCUACUAUAAGUUAUGAUUGCAUUUUCUAUUCCCCCAAUGAAAAGCUUACAUAACAUAUAAUUAUAUAAUGAAAGGGAAAUAAUUUAUUUUUAUUAUAUUUAUUUAGAACUGAUCUAAUUUGGAUACAUUAUGGUGGAUAUAAUAUAUAUAGAUAUAUAUAAAUCAAUAAAGAGACGUGCAUAGCAAUGAUUCUAAGAAGAAAAGAAAGAACUGCAUGCAACUUUUACUCAUUGGCCAUUCUUUAAUUCAGAUUAUUAGGAAAACCACAAUGGUGUAUGGUACAAGCAGCAAUUUCUUGCUGUUUUCUGAAGUUGAUUUUUAGAACUUACCACAUUAUGGGAGGUAUAACAAAAUCCUCACCUGAGUCCACUGUGUUACUUGUGUCCUGGUUUUUCAAGCACAAUUCUAUCAAAUGUCACAGUCCACCUGAAUACUGCAGUUGUGAACUCCUACUGAAAUCUUUUUUUCCAGAUACAGGGUUCACCUAGAGGAGCAAACACACACACACAAGGGGUUUGUACAGGGGCGGAAAUUCAUCAUGUCCAGUUUUUUCCAAAGUGCAAGGUUUGUUACCUGUGGGUGUGCGUAUGCGUGUGUGUAUGUGUGACGUAACUGUGCUCACAAACAAGUGUAUAUCCUAAAAUUCUAAUGUGGUACCUUAUAUAUACAACAAUAAAGAGAGAUUCUCAUGA